CUACCCGUUGACCACCCUCUGGCCAAAGGGCGAGCGGUCGUAUGCGGUCCAGAACAACAGCUGGCCCAGGGCGCUGAUGUCGGCCUUGAGGCCGUACUGUUGCUUCAGCAGCACCUCCGUCGGCCGGAAUUCUCGGACCCACUGCACAAGCCGACGGAACCAAGCCAAUGAGAGACAACGGCCAUGCGUGCGCGUCGCUUUCUUGCGAUUGCGCGUGUGUGUGUCUGCUUACUGAGUUCAGGUCUGCGGGGUACCCCUGUUCGCCCAUCUCCUUGAAGCACCCCAGGUCGAUGAGGCGCACCAUCCCAUCGGCACCCACCACCACGUUGUCCAUCUUGUGGUCGCGAUAUAUCACUGUAUCCAUCACACACACACACACACACGUGAGAAGGUCAAGGAGUGAUCCUGCCUUUUUUCCUCUCUCCUCUAUCUGAUGUGGCGGCUCUCCUCACCUCCUGCCCUGUGCAGCGCCCUGUGUGCGUUGACGAGCUGGCUGCUGAUGUCCCUGACCUCGUUGCGCGGCAGUCCGUCCUGCCGGUGGUCCCACAGCUUCGUGUCGAGCGUGGGGCCGCCGUACUCUAUGAUCAGGUAGGCCCUGUCCUCGAAGGGGUCGUCCACGAAGCCCAACGACGACAUCACAUUGGGACAGUUUUUGAUGUCGGGGAGCUCUAUGAUCAUAUGCUCAACUGAAUUGAAAAAGGAUCACAUUCAGCAGCAGAUACGUACUGUUUCCAUGUUGACGUCGCUUACGCUCGAGCACGUUGGCAAACUGGCCGCUAUUCUGCAUCUGCGCAAGCACAACACAACCGGCCACGUACGAGAGGAAAUGAGCCAUGUAUGUGUGACGCAACGCACCCACUAAUGCCCCGCUCUCUGUGCCCAUGGAUUGCAUGCUUACCAUCUUGACGACGAGUUCGGGUCCUCUGGGUACGCCCUGGAGGUCCUCGCCGCCAUCGAUGUCUGGUGCCGCCCCCUUUGCAUUGGCACACGCUUGCCAGGUCACUCCGUACCCGCCCGCUCCCAAAUGACGAAUAGUAUUGAAGUUGUGGACGAUGAAGGCCGGAACUUGCGGCGCUGCCGCCGCCGCCGCCGGAUGAGCCAU